UCUAUCCCUCACAGCACUCCUGUCAACAAACUUUGCUUUCUUUGACUCUAGCUGAUCUCUCUAGCUGCACUUAUUACAGCUCCUUUCUAACAUUUUCACCACAAAGACCAAGAUUUUUCUAGCAUCAGUGUCAUCUUGACCAAAGAGGAAACCAACAAUGUCCAGCAUCAUGAAAGUGUUUCUGCUCCUGGCUGUCGUGGUUUGCAUCUCUAAAGCCCAACUCCACGAAUCAGGACAGUGUCUGUGUAAUCGUGUCAGGAGCAAAAUUGCCUCAAAGUCUGAAGUAAAGGACAUCCAUAUCUACCCAGCAACCACCUUCUGUGACAGAGUGGAGAUUGUCGUCACCCUCAACAACAGCCUUCGUUAUUGCCUGGACCCCAAGAUUAAAGCAAUGAAAAAACUCCUGACUAACAUCAUGAAACAGAAAACCUCUACAACAGCCAGACCAACUGAGCUCACUUCCACCCCAGGCAGCACCAACACAGCUCGCAUCUGACUCUCUCUUUAACUCCUUGGAUCAAUAAGAAGCUCAGUUGACCUCUGACCCCCAACAAAGGCACCUUAAACAAAUGUAGAAACAAAUGUGAAAUGAAUGAACCUUUUUGUCUUUAUCAUCUAUUUAUACUGAUGUGCACUUACAGUACAUUUCCGUUCUAUUUUUUUCCAUUUGAAUUGUUUUUGUAAAUAGAUGUGUUGUAAACCAAGUUUUCUGCAUUUUGGUAAAUUCAGCUAUUUUGAUAAUAAAUUUUAAAAAAAAUCAA